CAAAGCUCUUGGAUUCAUACAGCUAUAUCAUCACAGACAAAUCCAAACUCAAAAGCUACAGAACAACAGCCAACCAACAAUGGACCCUCAUGACUGCAACUGUGCUACAGGUGGCUCCUGCUCCUGCGGUGAUUCCUGCAAGUGCAAAGACUGCAAAUGCAAGGGCUGCAAGAAAAGUUGCUGCUCCUGCUGUCCAGCAGACUGCACCAAAUGCAGCCAGGGCUGUGAAUGUGCAAAGGGAUGUGAUACCUGCAGUUGUUGCAAGUGACCUGCUGAGUCCCUGUGUUCCAUGUCUGCUGUGAAGUCUUAAUAAUCAGUCAUGUGCAGUUAAUAUAAUCAUUCAUGUGCAGUAUGUUGAUUUUCUGUAACUUUGUAUUUUGAUAAUAAAAGCUUAUGUAUUUCA